AUAAUAUUAAAAGGUACAAAUUAAAAUAAUUUAUUAGCUUAUUAUUGUACACGUCUGUGAUUAUCCCCCCACCCAGCCCUUCCUUAUCCACUCACUCCUAAAAAGAAGCGUUCAUCCUUAACCACAAAAAUUAAAGCUAUAUUUUAAUCUAUGAAUUAUUCUGCAUUAUAUAUAUGUUUCCUCAGGUGAGGCUUGCUAGAAAUUGCGUUGUAUCAACAAGUCAUUGGAGAUCAAAGAAAAAUUCCUUCUUCAAAAAUUUUGUCAUAUUAAUUUCAAUGGAAGGAGCAAAGACAGGUGAUGAAGCAGCAACAAUAAGGUUAAAGAGUCCAAUUAGGGAAGUCCAAUGGGUGGCUGUGAAUAGUAUUUUCGAUGAUUACUCUGAAUCAAGCUUUGAAGACUCUGUUGGAACUUCUUCUUCUUCUUUAGACAUGGUAGAUGAUGAUGCAUCCUCUUCGUCGUCUUCUUUUGGGCCUUUGUAUGAAUUGUCUCAACUUAUGGCUCAACUUCCCAUCAAGAGUGGGUUAUCAAAGUAUUAUGAAGGGAAGAGUCAGUCAUUUGGACGUUUGGGAAAUGCGAUGAGCCUUGAGGAUCUUCCAAAGGAAGGGAGUUAUUCUUCUCAUAACAAGAGAAUGAAGUCAUGUAAGAGCUUAGAUGGAAAAAUUAGAUCGUCAUUUGGUCCAAAAGCUACUAUUAAAAAGAAGUCUUAUUCAAGGAGGCCUUCGGUACAAAUACUGAUCUAAUUGUGGCUACUUGUACAUCUCCCAUUUCUUUAGAAACAUAAUUUCUAUUUAAUUAGGAAGCUUAGCAAUAGAUUAGUGGAGGUGGUUGUAAAUCUUCAAGAGAAAACAGUUAGCAAAGUGUCUCUGGUGAUGAAUUAAGUAAUGAUGGAGAACUUGCGCAAACUUAGAACCCGUGUAGCUCAUUUUGUUCCUACUCCCUUGUUUCAAUUUGUGUCUGAUUUUCACUUCAUACAAAAUUUAAGAAAUUAAAAAUAAAAAUAAUUUAUAUUUUAUGGUUUUAAAUUAAA